AUGCCACCUGAGAAAGCUCAAACAAACAAGAAAGCUCAAACAAGAUGGAUUGAAGACGGCAUGUUGAUUGCACUGCUAUUUAUGGCAGUCCUGAACAGAGUAGCCAGUUUGACUGCCCUUUACCGUCAUACUCCCAUUCGUCGUGAUUCAGUCUACCAUCCAGAUACUGUAUCAGGGCCGUGCACAUUCCCUGUCCCCUAUACGAAGGAGUUCGACAUUUUCUGUCAGCUCGACUACCACAAGACAACGUACAUCUGCGACCCGGCCGGGGUUUUGUCUCGAACCGAAAUAGAGAUGUUGGACCACACUGUGCAUCUGCUGAACAUGACGUCUUGUUUCUGCUCGUCGACGUGCGGACGAGGUCGAAAGAAGCUAGGCAUCGUCAUCGUACCAGCCGCCAGCAUAAGCAGCAUAAUCUCAUGCGACUCGUCAUUGGACUUCGCUCCCCCUACUUCACUUCCAGCUGCGGCUUACCUAUUUGCGCAGUUACUCAGUCGACAUUGGUCAACUCACUGCACUGCUGAUUUGAUGAUCGUCUAUAUUCGUUCCUGGAAUCCGGACCGUAUUCGGAAGCCUUUCAUAGUUCCAGUCUACUCAAAUGCUCUGGAACGUCUCCAACGAUACAGCCAUCCGACGUCAGUAUCGUCACGGGAGCCAGUUUUAGUCGCCCUUCAAGCCGCCAUCCGACACGCAAAUCGUUUGAUCGAGGCUGAAUGGACUGAUAUGAACACGUCAAUUCCGCAUUGGGCAAUGGGAUUAGCCUGCGGUAUGGUAGCAAUAGUGAUUCUUUCCGUUUACACUGCCAACUGCAUUACGAAUCGGCUUGACAGGCCUCAGAAGCAGCGUUCAGCAGUAGCUGGUGUGCGGAAGAAUAGCGAUCGCUUUCGAGCUGGCUUUGGCGGUGGCAUGAUGAUGAACGCGUCCGCUCAGCAGAAACGAAGUGUGAUGAUGUUUCGAACGUUCUCGAAAACUCCUGCACGGAACGGUGCCUCCAACAGACUUUAG